AUGAAGAGAAUUUGUAUACUUCUUCUUCUGUUUCUCCUGAUUCAGUCUUCCAAUGGACAGCUGGAUUGCUCAAAAGCUCCCACCGAUGCGAUUCGAAUAGUUUGUAACCAAAUUCAGAGAUGGGAUCAGAAAGCGAGGACUACACCAACUCUAUCUGCAGAUGUGAAGACACCUGGAAUCGCUGGAGAAGCAAUGGCUGCCGAAUUUUCUCCGAUCGCUAGUAACGUGUUUCAGUGUAUGGAUAUUUCGUGCUUGUGUGUUUUCUUUAGAGGAACCGGCGGAAACAACUGUGUUGUCCAGGGUCGUCCCCUAGGAAAAGUGGUCCGUAAAGAGUAUCGAAUGCUGUCAGAAGAUGAAAGAAAUCGUCUACAUCAGGCAUUCCGUACUCUGAAACAAAAUGGAGAAUACGACAGAUUAGCCAGAGUCCAUGCACAGUACUCGGAAAGUGGAGCUGCCCAUUCGGGACCCGCUUUUCUUCCAUGGCAUCGGGAAUUCGUGAAAAGAAUGGAGUUUUUGAUCAGACAGGUUGAUCCAUCGCUUCAUCUACCGUACUGGGACUCCACACUGGAUCAAAAUCUUCCAAACUCUAAAGAUUCCAUUCUAUGGACCAACGAGUUUAUGGGUGAUGCUACCGGUGCAGUCAACAAUGGACCAUUCAGAAGUUGGAGGACUAUUGAGAACAAGGCAACAAUCACACGUGCAGUUGGUGCGCAGGGAAAAGGAUACUCGGAAGAUGAGAUCACUUCAAUGAUGGGGCAAACUGACAUUGCUCAGGUUUUGGCAUUUUCCGCACCUCAGCGGGGUUGUCCUUAUCAACCAAACUUCAACGUACCGGAAUACACUCAUGGAAAUCCACACAUUUAUGUGGGUGGCGAUAUGCUGGAGACGUCAACUGCUGCGAAUGAUCCCAUUUUUUGGAUGCAUCACUCGUUUGUGGAUUUGUUAUGGGAACAGUAUAGACAGACAAGACAGACCCGUGCCACACGGGAAACCGCCUAUCCAGCUGACAACAGACAAUGCAGUAGUGAGCAUCAUUUCCGAGCAGCCUUCAUGAGACCAUUCACUCCAAUGAGAAACGCGGAUGGCCUAAGCAACAUGUACACAGACAACCUCUAUUCAUUUGCUCCAAGACCUAGUUGUAAUGCUGGACCCACUUGUGGAUCACCAUAUUUGUUUUGUGACCGAUCCCAUGGUGCACCGAGAUGUGCCGCCCGUAUGAAGACUGGUGGUAAUUGUGCAAGUUUUACAAAUGGAGAACCUGCAUGCUAUCAGGGAACAUGUCAGGGUGGAAAAUGCGUCGCUGUGUCACAAACUGUUACACCACCGCCUACGAUUACGCCAACGAAACCGGUGGUUACUGUAGAGACAACUUGUUUCAACGAAAACGAAUGUUGUGGUCCAUGGUCCGCAAAAGGGGAGUGUCAAAAGAACCCAGUCUAUAUGAACGUCUGGUGCAAAGCCUCUUGUAGACAGUGCACACCAAAAUACGACCUUAAUUCUGGUAAGUGGACAAACAGACACACAGACAUAUUCCAGACAUUUCCAGAAUGUUCUGACCGUCACUCAAACUGUGCACAGUGGUCCCGAUCUGGAGAAUGUAACAAAAAUCCACUUUGGAUGGCCGAAAAUUGCAGAAAAUCCUGUAACAAGUGUGGCGUUACCCGAGCAGCAACGUGUGGCGUUGGAGCUAAUAAUAUUGCUGCAAAUCCUCCGGCCAGUGUCAAUAACCGACAACAGAAUGAGCCAUGUGACUCUCCAAUGUGUUAUAAUGAGGAUCAAUGCUGUCCGAUAUGGGCUCAGCGCGGAGAGUGCCAGUCGAACUCAAAAUACAUGAACUGCCAAUGCAAAGUGAGCUGUGGAGUGUGCCGACCGAACUAUGCAUAUGGGCAAUGUCAAGACUACCACAAGGAUUGUGCGGCUUGGGCAAGACGUGGGGAGUGUGCAAAAAACAAAUGGAUGCCUGAGAACUGUAGACGGUCGUGUAACACGUGUAUGACACUACAACAGCUGGCUGGCAGAUGCGCAUUCCGGACGAUUCGACGACGGAGAAGCGCAUUUUUGGAGCUGAUUCAGAUGAAAUGA